GCCGCCGCUAGCCGGGCUCGAAGCCAGCGCUCUUUGGGGUCACAUGUAGGGUUUCCCUGCCAAAUCCCUCCAUCCCGCCGGCGACCGGGCAGGCGCUAGGACCGGCGGGCGGCGCGGCGCGGAGGCUUAUCGCCGUCUAUGUGCGGUGAUCCGGACCAGACCGAGUCCAUGUAUGUAAGCUAGCCUAGCGUCACCAGCGACACGACGCCCGCGAAACACGCUCGCUUUCGCACGGGUCUGUUCACGGUAAACCCCCGCACGGGCGUCUCCCCGAUCUUUCGCUCGAUAACAGCCGGUCUUGAAGCUGAAGGUCAAGGUGGAGGCCGUUAUUUGAUGUGAAAGGGUGUAGAUCUGUGCGCCUACGGAGAGAGAGAGAGAGAGAGAGAGAGAGCUCCAGCCACACAAGAUGGAGUGCCAGUGGAAACCCGACGAGCAGGGACUUCAGCAGAUCUUACAGCUGCUCAAGGAAUCGCAGUCCCCCGACACAUCCACGCAAAGAUCCGUCCAACAAAAACUCGAGCAGCUCAAUCAAUACCCGGACUUCAACAACUACCUGAUAUUUGUGCUCACAAAGCUGAAGACAGAAGACGAGCCCACUCGGUCUCUCAGCGGUCUCAUUUUGAAGAACAACGUUAAGGCCCAUUACCAGAACUUCCCAAACGGUGUGUCUGACUUCAUCAAAAAUGAGUGCCUGCAAAACAUCGGAGACUCCUCGCCGCUCAUUAGAGCCACAGUGGGUAUUCUGAUCACAACUAUAGCCUCUAAAGGGGAGUUACAGAACUGGCCGGAGCUUCUACCUAAACUCUGUUUACUGCUGGACUCAGAGGACUAUAACACUUGUGAAGGGGCUUUUGGAGCUCUGCAGAAGAUCUGCGAGGACUCUGCUGAGAUCCUGGACAGCGACAUGCUGGACCGACCGCUCAACGUGAUGAUCCCCAAGUUUCUGCAGUUCUUCAAGCACAGUAGCCCCAAGAUCAGGUCUCAUGCCAUUGCCUGUGUGAACCAGUUCAUCAUCAGCAGAACACAGGCCCUGAUGUUGCACAUAGACCCUUUCAUCGAGAACCUGUUCGCACUGGCAGGUGAUGAGGAGCCCGAAGUGAGGAAGAAUGUGUGCAGAGCUUUAGUCAUGCUCUUGGAAGUCAGAUUGGACCGUCUCCUUCCUCACAUGCACAACAUCAUCGAGUACAUGCUGCAGAGGACACAAGAUCAGGAUGAAAAUGUCGCUCUGGAGGCCUGUGAAUUUUGGCUCACGCUCGCCGAGCAGCCUGUGUGUAAAGAGGUUCUGUGCGGACACCUGCCUAAAUUAACACCAGUUCUUGUGAAUGGAAUGAAGUACUCUGACAUUGACAUAAUCUUGUUGAAGGGUGAUGUCGAAGAGGACGAAGCAAUCCCGGACAACGAGCAGGACAUUCGCCCCAGGUUUCAUCGCUCACGCACUGUGGCCCAACAACACGAGGGGGGAGACUCCAUCGAGGAAGAGGAGGAUGACGAAGAUGAUUUGGAUGAUGACGAAACCAUCUCCGAUUGGAACUUGAGGAAAUGUUCUGCUGCUGCGCUAGACGUCCUGGCGAAUGUUUUCAGAGACGAUUUGCUGCUGCAUAUUCUCCCUUUAUUGAAAGAACUACUGUUUCAUCCAGAGUGGCUUAUUAAAGAGUCUGGCAUACUCGUACUGGGAGCCAUCGCUGAAGGCUGUAUGCAGGGAAUGAUCCCUUACUUGCCAGAAUUGAUUCCUCAUUUGGUACAGUGUCUGUCUGACAAGAAGGCGCUGGUUCGAUCCAUCACUUGCUGGACUCUAAGCCGCUACGCACACUGGGUUGUUAGCCAGCCCCCCGACAUCUACCUCAAACCGCUCAUGACUGAACUGCUCAAACGGAUACUUGACAGCAACAAGCGUGUCCAAGAGGCCGCCUGCAGUGCCUUUGCUACCCUGGAAGAGGAGGCUUGCACUGAGCUGGUGCCGUACCUCGCUUAUAUUUUGGACACGUUGGUUUUUGCUUUCGGUAAAUACCAGCACAAGAACCUUCUCAUCCUCUAUGACGCCAUUGGGACUCUGGCUGACUCUGUGGGUCACCAUCUCAACAAACCGGAAUAUAUUCAGAUGCUGAUGCCUCCAUUGAUUCAAAAAUGGAACCAGCUAAAGGAUGAAGAUAAAGAUCUUUUUCCUUUGCUUGAGUGUCUCUCGUCUGUGGCCACUGCCCUGCAGAGCGGCUUCCUGCCAUACUGUGAACCUGUCUACCAGCGCUGUGUCAACCUGGUCCAGAAAACACUCGCUCAGGCCGUGCUCCACCAGACUCAGCCUGAGUUUUACGAAGCUCCUGAUAAAGAUUUCAUGAUCGUGGCUCUGGAUCUGCUCAGCGGGUUAGCAGAGGGUCUUGGAGGGAACAUCGAACAGCUAGUUGCCCGUAGCAACAUUCUCACUCUCAUGUACCAGUGCAUGCAGGAUAAGAUGCCAGAGGUUCGGCAGAGUUCUUUCGCUCUGUUGGGAGAUCUGACCAAAGCCUGCUUCCAGCAUGUCAAACCUUGCAUCGCUAACUUCAUGCCUAUCCUAGGCACAAACCUGAAUCCGGAGUUGAUAUCAGUCUGCAACAAUGCGACAUGGGCCAUUGGAGAAAUAUCCAUUCAAAUGGGUUCUGAGAUGCAGCCGUACGUCCCGAUGGUUUUACAGCAGCUCGUGGAGAUCAUAAACAGACCCAACACACCCAAGACGCUGCUGGAGAAUACAGCAAUAACAAUUGGUCGUCUUGGUUACGUUUGUCCUCAAGAGGUGGCACCCAUGCUACAGCAGUUUAUAAGACCCUGGUGCACCUCUCUUCGCAAUAUAAGAGACAAUGAAGAGAAAGACUCUGCGUUCAGAGGAAUCUGCACCAUGAUCACGGUCAACCCUGGUGGCGUGGUGCAGGACUUUAUAUUUUUCUGUGACGCUGUAGCAUCCUGGAUGAACCCAAAAGACGAUCUUCGAGAAAUGUUCUAUAAGAUAUUGCAUGGGUUUAAGAACCAGGUUGGAGACGAGAAUUGGAGACGCUUUUCUGACCAGUUUCCUCUUCCACUCAAAGAAAGACUUGCAGCCUUCUAUGGGGUGUAGAUGUUACCUGAUUGAAGAGCUUAUUCACUUCGGGAGAGGACGGGAACCUCUGAUACCCAGGGCAUACGUUGCCCUUUACCUGGGGGGAAGGGUGGUCUAGCAGGGGUGGGAGCCAUACGGCCCGCCGGCCCCCUGCAGACGGGGUGGGAGGGAAGUGUUAGCUGAGGCGCUAGUCGACGACACCUCGCCAAGCCAAACCAAAAUAGGGAAGAAAGCUUUUUCAUCAUGUCAUAACAAUCAGCCGUGAGGGCAAAAAACUAAAUACGUUAGCGCUCAUUCACCAGGGCACUUAAUGUAACGGGACAUCCAGGGGUUAAAAAAAACGAAGAUACGCGUAAACUCUGUAGUGUUGCACUCCUGAAUUCACGGGAAAGUGCAUGGAGAAAGCUUCUUAAAAAAAACCCCAUUUAUUUCUUUUCUGGACCGUACCGUUUAGAGGGGUGGGUGUGACAUAAAUCUCAACCUGGACGCAAAGCGCAAGUCCUAUGCAUGGGGUGAUGUAGGGUAUAGCUCGACCGCAUGAGAGUGUGCAGACCGUGUUUCGUGCGCCAGCUACGCACAGCAGUAGACGGCAAACGUUUAAAGACAGUAAAUGCUAAAAACGUACCGUAUUUUAGGGGCUCCGUCUAAAACGGUAACGCAGCGUAACUCUAGAAAUGUAAGUCCUCUCAUAUCAUCGAUAGUGAAGGGUUUUGAAGGAGUAAAACUCUCAAUCAUUUUAUUUUUUACUUUAUAUAUAUAUAUAUAUAUAUAUAUAUAUAUAUAUAUAUAUAAAUAUAUAUAAUUCAUCAUGGUAAAUUAAGUUAGCAUGCACAAAGUGAGAGGGAACACGGCAAGGAUGUCUGAAACUGUUGCUCCGUACGAGGCUUUAUCGUUCCUCACUUCCUGAUCGACAUGGAUCCAAACGAGUGAACCCUAAACACACAUUUUGUUCGAUUUUUGAGACGCCGGCGAUUUCUUUCUUUCUUUUUUUGCUUCGUUUGCUCAGAGCAUGAUUUUUUUGAAGAUGCUUGUGAUAUCUCUUUUGACCGAUCGGGUUAAUCUGGAUGUUUAGUCGUUUGAUUUUUGUGCAUGUCGGUGGCCCAGUGAGCGAUCCGUUUCUCUAGCACCCCUCACACAGACUAGUUUCAACAACGCGUUUUUCUUCCACACAUACACGACGGGUGACGCGUUUUCCAUCCACGUAUUGCUUUUGUGACUUUAGUUUCGUUACCCCCGCAUGAAGUUUUUAAAAAGAAACGCCCCAUGUUGUGUCGUGUAUGAUCCUGGACAGUUCAGUGCUCGUGGAGGCAGUGUUUGUGUCCCCUCGUGUGAAUAUUAGCGAGCCUUAAAAUGCCCGAACGUAUCCCAGGGUGCGAGGAUGUCGGUAUCAAACACGACGAUGUUCGCACUCGCCUGGAAGCCAACGGUUCUUUCGAGUCCCGAGUUCCGGAUUCGAACCCGAAGCCGCCGAGAGGUCAAAGCCGCGGGAUAUUGUCAGGUGUUUGUGAGUCCGUGUUGUGCUGGUGUAUUUCUGCAAUGUCUUCUUAUUUUCUCGGGUUCGUCUGUCACAUUCCAGCUGUUUUACAUUUAAGAGAAGUCAGAUUUUUUUAUUCGAUUUUUUUUUUUUCUGACUGGGAAAAAAACCCCGAAAAGAACAAAGAGACGAGAUGUAGGCAGAUAUUAUGAAUGUUAAGUGUGUCGUCUUACACUUAUGAAUGCUGCUAUGUGUUGUAAUUUUCUACUUGAAUAUUUUACGUUGUAGAGACCUCAGGAGGUAUGUUUACUGUUGUGUUUUUUUUUGUUUGUUUGUUUUUAUUUAUUAUUUUUUUUUUAUGUAUGCCUUUCCCUGCUGUUCAGGCUCCCGUGUUUCAUAAUAAUAGAGCAAUUAACUGUAAUCCAUUCAGCUGCUGGUAAAUAUCCUUUCUAACAGGCAUAUUUUUGUCAAUAUGUCUCCUUGUAAAAGAAUGUAAAAAAAUUUUUUUUGUAAUUUAGAGGAGAUAUCCGAUAGUAGACACUCAAUAGGAUACUUCACGUAGGGAUAACAUGGAAGUAACUGGCCCUUCAUGUAUGUGAACAUUCAUUAUUUAUGAGAUAUAAAUGCAGUGUAUAUACUGUAACGCCUUGAAGUUAAACUUGAGUUGUUGUUUUUUUUGAGGGGGUCGGGGGAAUGAAUAAGGCCACGAAACUCGGAGAUUGCACAGUAAUGAAUCUAAUGGUUUUACCUUUUUAACGAUUUUAAUUUUUCGGCUCGUUUUCUUUUUUGUGAAGUACAAAAUGUAAAAAAAAAAAAAAAAAUGCAAGUGUUUUGUCCCCGCCCCAGACCGCUUGUAUAGUUAUAUAUGUGUGGAAAUGAAGAAAAUGUAAUAACGAAGUCAAACUUUGCUCAAAAGCUCCCUUUUCUGGUCCGAGAGCGAUUUAAUUUAUAGCGAUUUUUCUUUUUUUCGACUUUUUAUUUUAUAACCUGAUUUUGAACGAAAGAUUAAAAUACAGAAAGUGAUCAUUUUUAGGGGCCACCAGAUAUUUUGGAUCAUGCAAAGAAUAUAUAUUGUACUGUAGAAAUUUUGUAAUGAUAUUUGUAUGACAUUGUUAUGGACGUGAGUUUGUUUCACUGCUUGGAUCUGUGCAUUGGUAAGAAUAAACACUUUUCAAAAAUC